AUGACGAAAGGACUCGACAGCAUUCCUCCAAGCGGAUACGAAAGGAAUUCAUUGAUUGGUUUGCUUUCCUCUGAUCGUCCAAGGACAAGAGGAGAUGGUGAUGCGGAUGCGACCCCGUGGAACCUACGUGCGCCCAUACGCCCAAGAGAUUCAGCUACUUCCAGGGUCUAUCUCUUGUCGGUUCUUGAUCGGGCGUUGGCUUUGACAACCGCAGAGCUGGUUCACGAAGUCAGCAGCGAUUCUACGGAGAGGAACGAGGACACUGGGGGGUUCGCUCUUGGGCAGCAUCCAGGAUCCCCGCCGGAAGAGAAGAGCCAACACUCUGGAAACAGCGGCCGUUCGAAGCAGUAA